AUGCGUUGGGUUAUUCGUUGCAGACAAGAGUCGGGCGCAGAAAAAAGGCGUCCUGGUGCACUGUCUGGCGGGCAUAUCGCGUUCGGUGACGGUGAUGCUGGCGUACCUGAUGGCCCAUCGGCAACUGACGCUGAACGAGGCGUACAACAUGGUGCUGAAACGCAAGGCGAACAUCGACCCGAACUUCCACUUCAUGCAGCAGCUACACUCGUUCGAGAAGCAGCUGCUGGACGCCCGGACUCAGUCCAAGCAGCAGUCGGCCAACUCGACGGGCUCGUCGACGUCCAGCUACCUGAGCCCGCUGUCGACGGCCGUCCAGAGCCCGGACAGCGGCAUCGAAUUCGACCGAUGGACUCCCGGUACCGGCGGAUGAGAAACGUUUGA